GACCAGAAGUAGGAGCAGGAGCGGGAGCUGGAGCUGGAGGGAGCGGGUUUCUCCUUCUCCGCCUCCGCCUCCGCCUCCUCCGCCUCCCCGCCCCCCGUUAGUUAGGAUCCCGGCCUGGUGAGCAAAGCCGCUGCCGCUGCCGCUGCCGCCGCCCGCCAUUGGCACACACACGCGCGCACACACACACGCACACACACUCACACGCACACACACACACGCGCGCACUCACACACACACAGACGCGCGCAUCCUUCGCCAACAAGAAAGAAAGGAGCGGAGCCGAGGAGCGCAGGACCGGGGCGCAGGACGGCGCUGGCCUUGGCCGCUGGCCCGCAGCCGGACGCGCGGACGGACUGAGAAGCGCAGCGGGGCCCAGCCGCCCGCGGCGGGGGCCAGGGCCGGGGCGCCCGAGCCCGAGGAGGAGGCGGCGAGGCGCAGCAUUGUGGUCAGUGUGACAGAAGAUUCCUGCGUCAGCAAACUGAGAGAAAAACGGCAGCAAGAUGUCGGGCAGAAGUGGGAAGAAGAAAAUGUCUAAACUAUCCCGCUCAGCCAGGGCGGGCGUCAUUUUCCCCGUGGGGAGAAUGAUGAGAUACCUGAAGAAAGGAACAUUUAAAUACCGAAUAAGUGUGGGCGCUCCAGUCUAUAUGGCAGCCGUCAUAGAAUACCUCGCAGCUGAGAUACUAGAACUGGCCGGAAAUGCUGCGCGAGACAACAAAAAGGCCCGGAUCGCCCCCAGACACAUCCUCCUGGCAGUGGCUAAUGAUGAGGAGCUAAACCAGCUGCUAAAAGGAGUGACCAUCGCCAGUGGGGGAGUCCUGCCUCGGAUUCAUCCCGAGCUGCUGGCCAAAAAGCGAGGGACCAAAGGCAAGUCUGAAACAAUCCUUUCCCCUCCCCCCGAGAAGAGAGGGAGGAAAUCGACUUCGAGCAAGAAGGGUGGCAAGAAAGCCAAAGCCGCCAAGCCAAGGACAUCCAAAAAGUCCAAAGCAAAGGACAGCGACAAAGAAGGCGCCUCGAACUCGACAUCGGAAGAUGGCCCUGGGGAUGGAUUCACCAUCCUUUCUUCCAAGAGCCUUGUUCUGGGGCAGAAGCUGUCCCUGACACAGAGUGACAUCAGCCAUAUUGGCUCCAUGAGAGUAGAAGGCAUCGUCCACCCAACAACAGCUGAAAUAGACCUCAAGGAAGAUAUAGGUAAAGCUUUGGAAAAAGCUGGUGGGAAAGAAUUCCUGGAGACUGUCAAGGAACUGCGCAAAUCCCAAGGACCCUUGGAGGUGGCUGAAGCCAUCGUCAGCCAGUCCAGCGGCCUGGCGGCCAAAUUUGUCAUCCACUGUCACAUCCCCCAGUGGGGCUCAGACAAAUGCGAAGAGCAGCUUGAAGAGACCAUUAAGAACUGUUUGUCGGCCGCAGAAGACAAAAAGCUCAAGUCCGUGGCUUUCCCACCCUUCCCCAGCGGCAGAAACUGCUUCCCCAAACAGACUGCGGCCCAGGUGACCCUCAAGGCCAUCUCAGCCCAUUUCGAUGACUCCAGCUCCUCGUCCCUGAAGAACGUCUACUUCCUGCUCUUUGACAGCGAAAGCAUUGGCGUCUAUGUGCAGGAAAUGGCCAAGCUGGACGUCAAGUAACCCCCCACAGCCGGACCCUCUUUGUAUUCUCCCUCUACAGGGAUCUGAAGAGGAUUCAGCUUGGAAUGAGAGUUGGGCAUUGAUUUAAAAAAAAAAAUGAGGAAGGGCAAGGGUGGGAGAUGGAGGCAGCCCCGUUUCCUGAAGAAUGAGCACUCCCCAACACGAAGAGGGGGGAGCAGUUCGAGCUGUCACUAACUCCAGUCCUCAUGACAAGUGCCCAUCCCCCAUUUUCUAUUCACCUUAACUAUCCUCCGUCCCACAUUAUCCUGGGCCCUCCCCAGGAUUGCUACGCGUGUGUCUUCUUGUCAUUUUAGAACUUAUUUUCCAAGGACAGACCUCGUUUUAGAUUUGUAGCAUUGACUUUUACAGGCAAAAAAAAAAAACUUUCAAAAUUCUUAAAAAAAAAAUCUUCUGUUCCUCUUUCUUUUUUCAAGAGGGGAGGGCAUGACAAAUGACUUUGGUUUUUGUCUGUUGUCUACAUUCCAUGUUGGAGAGAAAAAUCUGAAAGACAUUUUUCACUUGGUGCUUUUCUCAAAUAUGUUUUCUCCCCCUAAUAAUCUCUGUAACUUCUGAUGAUGUUUCUCUUCAGGCUUGUUUGUUUUUUAAGGAAAAAAAAAAAAAGCAAAAAGAUAUCCAGAGUCCUUCUUAUGACACUCAAUUCUAUUGCAGCAGAUUUUUUAUUUCCCAAAAUUAAAGUCAUUUCAUUGUGUUGA